ACAGGAGAAAAACCCUAUCAGUGUAGUCAUUGUAGUAGAAGUUUUAGCCAGAGCUCAGACUUGGUUAAACAUCAGAGAAUCCAUACUGGAGAAAAGCCUUAUAUAUGUAACCAGUGUAACAAACAUUUUAGUCAGGGUUCUGAUGUUAUAAAACAUCAAAGAAUCCACACUGGUGAGAAGCCAUAUAAAUGUGAUGUGUGUGGAAAAGCCUUCAGUCAGAGCUCAGAUCUUAUUCUACAUCAGAGAAUCCACACUGGGAAGAAACCAUAUCCAUGGAGUCAGUGUAGCAAAAGUUUCAGUCAAAACUCAGACCUUAUCAAACAUCAGAGGAUCCACACUGGAGAGAAACCCUCUAAAUGUAAUGAAUGUGGAAAAGCUUUUAAUCAGAGCUCAGUCCUUAUUCUUCAUCAGAGAAUUCACACUGGAGAAAAACCCUAUUCAUGCAGUGAUUGUACUAUGAAUUUUAGUCAUCGUUCAGACCUUGUUAAACAUCAAAGAAUACAUCCGGGGGAGAAACCAUAUGAAUGUAAUCAGUGUGAUAAAAGUUUUAGUCAAAGCUCAGACUUCACUAAACAUCAGAGAGUACACUCUGGGGAAAAGACCUAUCAUUGUGACCAUUGUGAGAAAGCUUUCAGUCAGAGCUCUGACCUUAUUCUUCACCAGAGAAUUCACACUGGAGAAAAACCAUAUUAAUGCACACAGUGCAGCAAAAGUUUCAGUCAGAACUCAGACCCUUAUCAAACACCAGAGAAUCCACACACUGGGGAAAAACCAUAUAAAUGUAAAGAGUGUGGGAAGGUUUUCAGUCAGUGCUCAGCCAUUAUCCUACACUGGAGGAUCCGCACUGGGGAGAAACCAUAUCCAUGUGAUCAGUGUAGCAGAUCUCAUUAACCAUCAAAGAGUUCAUACUAGUGAAAAGCCAUAUAAAUGUGAUGCACGUGGGAAAGCCUUUCAGCACAUGCACUGACCUUAUCGAACAUCAGAGAAUCCACACUGGGGGGAAAUGCCACUGGUGUGUUCAUUGCAGCAGAAGGUUUAUCCAACUGUGAUCUCAUUACUCAUGAGAAAGUCUGUUUUGGGGAAAAAAGCCUAAAUGUGAUGAAUAUGGGAAAACUUUUAUAGUGUAUACACCAAAUUUAUCCAGUACCAAAGACCCUGUGCCAGAAAAAAUCUUAAGAAAGCUAUUGAUGAUUAUAAAAAAGACUUUAAUCAAUGUUCAACUCCUGUGCUACAUUUGGAAAAAAAAAAACCCACACUGGAGAGAAAACAUUAAUUCAAUUUUUAUGACAGUUAAAACUCAAAGCUCAUACCUUACUAAACUUAAGAAAAAUGCUGAGGAAUCCUCUGAGUUGUGGGAAAGCUUUCAAUGUGAAUAAAACUUUUACUGAAUGUUGGCAACAACUGAAAGAAAUUCCUAUGUGCUGUAAUUUAACAAAAGCUAUAGUCUUGUAUUCAAGCACAAUCCUCAAGAGGAGGGCUUUAUCAUUACAAGAUAUGUAUAACAAUGCAGAGCCUUAUAUAUUGUAAAAAUGUAUCAGUGUGGUGGGGUAUGCAAUCAGAAUUCAGAAGGAAAUGUAUUAGUAUUAUAAUCUCGAAACUUCAGUGAGCCUAAUUACCUAUUGCAUAUAAGUUAUUUUAGAGAAUGUAGGGAAACAUAAACCUCUUCCAUAUCUUAAUUGGCAUUCACUCUGAUAACUGCUAUUUAUCUCCUGACAGCUAGAGAAUGCUAGCUUAUGCUAAUGUUAGUUAUCUAUCAUUAAAUUUCCUGUGUAUGAAACAUGCUAUACUAUUCUGGUAUUAAGCUUAUUAACCAUGUAAUUGCAGUGCCCUACCUUUUCAGAAAUUCUUUUUUUAUUUUUUUGGCCUAGUUCUGAUUUUCCUAGUAAGCAUGAAUUUUUGAAGUUCCUGUGGUAUUCAUAGUAAAUGUGGAUUUAUUUUAUUCUCAGUAAACUUUAGUGGUUUGAAAUGACUUCUUCAACACUACCAUUUAAUCACAGCUUCUAAAUCUGUGAAACAGUUUUUAAAAAAGAAUUCCAUAUUUCAAAAUGUGAAGAUUACUACUAUGUUUAUCUUGUUUUCUCUAGAUUGAACAGAAAUGAUGGCUAAAGCAAUACCCAUAUGACUACUUGUAUAGCAUAUUAAUAAAAAAGACCUAUUGGUUUUUUUUCAAGUGGCAACAUUUCUCAGACUUUUUAUUGAUAUCUGACGUACAUAUUGGUAACAGACUAGAUAUACUCAAAAGUUUUCAACUGAAAAGUAGAAAAAGCUUAAAUAAAUUGUCUUUCUGGUAACCAUUUGUUAAAAUUCUGCUAUCAUUUAUUUUGAAUAUUUCCCAUAAUUAUCCAAUUAAUAUUUCAAUUUAACAGACAUGUUAAAUUAUGGUGGGCAAGGCAUUUUUUAAAGGUUUUGUAGUAUACAGAAAGAAUAUACUGUCCCAACAAACACAUAGCUCAGUAUAAUCAUAAAGAUAAACAAGAUGCUUAUGAGAGCUUAGAGGAGGUAGGAUUCAGUUCAGAUUGGGAAGAAAGGGAAAGCUUUGUGGAGCUCCUGAUAUUUCAGUUUUAAAGGAUGGGAAUACAGGCAUAAUGGCAUGGAGAGAAUAUAAGUACAGAAGCAAGGAACUAUAAGAAAUAAUGUAGAGUAUGGAGCUUAGUCAAUAAUUCAUUCAAUAAAUAUUCAGUGUCAGGCUACUGAAGGGGAAAAAAGAGUUCCUGCCCUCAUGAUCAAGUGUUUAUGAAAAUAAUAACUGAAACGUAGAAGAGAACAAGGUGGAAAUAAAAAGGAAGUAAGAGAAAAGACUUAAGGAGUAUGAUGCUAAACAAGCAGACACUUCAGUUUUCUGGGCUUUAUAUGUAAAACAAAAUUACUAUGUAUAUUUGAAGUAGAUUUCAUAUUUAUGCAUUAUGUUCUUUAAGAAAUGGAAAGCCAUUAAGGUCUUUGAAUGUCAUAAUCAUUGUCUUGCUUUCAGAAGAAUCUAAAAUUAAAAGGGGGAAAGAGCAGAAAGGACAACUGUUUUGGAUGUCUGGAAAUAAAAGCGUGAGAUCCAGAAGUAGAGGAACUAAAAACCAUUGACAUGAUGAUAGAUUGAGAAGUGAGUAAGGAAAAAAAUGUACAAUCAAUUAUUGUCUGUUCUUUGGCAAAUUUAAAAAGUGAAGAAGAAAAAUCAGAUGUUUGAAGUUUAGCCAUCUGCCCUGAAAAUAAAAUAUAAGAGUCAAUUGUUUACUACACAUUUCAAUCUAGUGCCCUACAGGAAAGCUCAGUUCAUGAACUUAACAUACAUACCCAUGAUAUCUUCCUCCUGAAUUCCCUAUCCAGGAGAAUUGCAGUCCUAAACACCUUGCCAUCCAGAUAAAAUAACAUACCCAUCUUAUACUCCUCACUUGCUCCAGAUUUCUAAAUCUACUUGCUCACCAGGUCUUUGAAAUGAGUUACAAAAGUAACACUAUUUACUGUAAAAUUUCAAAUGAGAGUGAAGUACACAGAGUGAAAAGGGAAGGGAGAAUGAAGGAAAUUGCACCUGACAUCUUAUACCAUUUAAUUCUCCCAGGCAUUUGCUGAUUCUUAAUCUGGCAAGGCAAAAGGCCAAGAAACCUAGUCAAAGGACACUGGACUAGUCAAAUCGCUAGAUGCUGGUUAAGUGGAACUCUCAGACUCAUUGGGAUAGGGACUGAAAAUUAGAGUAUAUAGCACAUGCCAACUAAGAGGUAUUUUUGUAAAUACCCCACAAUCUCAGUGUAAACAUUAAAAGACUAUACUCUAGGAUGGUAGACCAAAUCUAAAAGUCUGAAAUGCAGCCUCAAGUCAGGUCUGCCUUUUAGUGAAUUAAGUUAUCUGCUCUUAAUCUAGCUACUAGUUAUAAGAGACGAUAGGGUGAAUCCUCUCAGGAGAAUGACAAACUCACCCAGAGACUAUAGUUUUUCCUGAACAAUGUCCAGUGUUCAGUAAAAAAUUGCUAGACUCCGAGUCAUAGACAUUAACAUGAGCUCACAUACACAUGCAGUUAGAUACAGAAACAAUCAUAGAAUGUGUAUAUACAUGGAUUAGUAUAUGUACAUAUAUUACCUAAUGCUGUACUCUGAGAGGACCCAAAAGCAACAAUACUCCAGUAUUAAUGA